AAUUUAAUCCCCCUUGUUUCCUCUUUUUGUUCUUCUCUUAAAAAAAAAAAAAACAGAAAAAAACUUUAUUUAAAAUAAAUAAAAAUUCUCCUUGUCUCUCUCUUUACAAUUUUCUUACUGAUAUGAUUCCAUAUGGAUGUACCAAUUGAGAUAUGUACUAGUACUACUAACUUUUAAGAUACUUUUGUUCCUGUUUGUUUAAGGGUAUUUUUUUUUCCCACUUUUCAUUACAUAUUUACAUGUAAAUUUGGUUGAAAAAAAAAAUUGAAAGAAAAUAUGAAUCUUGGUAGUGCUAGUUCUAGUGUUUCUUGGAAAUCUAGUAAUAAUGAUAGAGUUUCAGACCAACAGUUUCCAGCAGGUUUAAGAGUACUUGUUGUUGAUGAUGAUCCUACUUGUCUUAGGAUCUUGGAAAAGAUGCUUGGGAAUUGUCACUAUGAAGUCACCAAGUCUAAUCGAGCAGAGAUUGCAUUAUCAAUGCUCCGGGAAAACAGAAAUGGUUUCGACAUCGUUAUUAGUGAUGUCCACAUGCCAGACAUGGAUGGUUUCAAACUUCUCGAGCAUGUUGGUUUGGAAAUGGACCUGCCUGUUAUAAUGAUGUCUGCGGAUGACACUAAAGAUGUCGUUAUGAAAGGGGUUACUCACGGUGCAUGUGAUUAUUUGAUCAAACCGGUGCGCAUCGAGGCAUUGAGGAACAUUUGGCAGCAUGUGAUUCGUAAAAAGAAGCACGAGUUUCCUAAGGACAAAGAUUUUGCUCAGUCAACAAGCGUAGAAGAUAAUGGAGAUCGACAGCAGAAACCACCAGAAGAUGUUGAUUAUUCAUCUUCAGCUAACGAAGGGAACUGGAAAAGCUCAAAGAGAAGGAAAGAGGAGGAAGAUGAAAACGAAGAAAGGGAUGAUUCAUCCACAUUAAAGAAGCCACGUGUGGUUUGGUCGGUCGAGCUUCAUCAACAGUUUGUACAAGCUGUCAAUCAACUUGGAAUUGAUAAGGCUGUUCCCAAGAAAAUUCUUGAACUGAUGAAUGUUCCCGGGCUAACCAGAGAAAAUGUUGCUAGUCACCUUCAGAAAUAUCGGCUGUACCUCAGGAGGUUGAGCGGUGUAUCACAGCAUCAGAGUGGACUGAAUAACUCGUUCAUGGGACACUCCGAAGCGACAUAUGGGACGAUGGCUUCUUUCAACGGGCUUGAGCUUCAGGCUUUAGCCACCGGUCAAUUACCGGCGCAAAGUCUUGCUACCUUUCAGGCGGCUGCGCUCGGUCGGUCCGCGAAAUCCGCCAUAUCUAUGCCUCUAGUAGAUCAAAGAAACCUUUUCAGCUUUGAAAAUCCCAAGUUGAGAUUUCCAGAGGGACAACAACAAUUAAAUAAUAGCAAUAAGCAAAUUAACUUGCUUCAUGGGAUCCCAACGACCAUGGAACCGAAGCAGCUAGCAGACUUGCACCAGUCCUCACAGUCCUUUGUGGCUAUGAAUAUGCAAGGGAACCCCAGAAUGCAACAAAAUAACACUCUAUUAAUGCAGAUGUCUCAGCAACAACCGUCUAGGGCUCAAAUGCUAAACGAAACCAAUAACGGUCAAGUUUCACGGCUGCCAUUGUCCAUGUCACAACCUUUGUCGUCAAAUGGGAUACGAAAUAGCAUUGUUGAAACCGUACGGGGCCCGGUAUACAAUCCAGUCUCGCAAGCAUCUUCAGUGGUAGAUUUCUCGCUGAAUCAAAAUGCAGAGUUGCAAAAUAACGGUUUUCCUCUAGUGAGAAGUAAUUCAGGGAUGUCGACUUUGACAUCUAAAAGAUUGCUUCAAGAAGAGGUUAAUUCUGAUAUUAAAGGAUCUAGAGGAUUCCCUGCGGGUUACGAUAUUUUUGAAGAAUUGCAUCAGCAAAAAUCACAGGAAUGGGGCUUACCAAAUGUUGGAUCAACCUUCGGUGCCUCUACUGAUCAUUCAAGUAUACCAGGAACUCUAAACGUCUCUCCGUCCAUGUUAGUUCAACAAGUUUCUUCCAUGAAGAACGGACAAAAUGGGAAUUCUCUUCCUAUUAGUAAAGUUUUCUGUAGCAGGGAAGAAAGUGGAAGUGUUAAUUCUAUAGGUGGACCGCAACUUAACCUACUUGCUAGUGGAAAUUUGCUCACGGUUAAAGCUGAACAACUUCCUGAUACGAGCUAUCAAAGUACCUUUUUCCCGGAGCAAUUUGGACAGGAUGAUCUCAUGAGUGCCCUUCUAAAGCAGCAAGAAAGUGUCGGACAAGUUGAAAGUGAGUUCAGCUUUGAUGGAUAUUCACCACUGGACAACCUUCCUGUGUAAGACGUGAAAAGAGCGUAGUAGUUGUAGCUUACUCGGUGAACAUAUGAUUUGGGGCCCCCUCAGUAGUGUACAUAGUUGUCUUUACAGCUGAAAAUUGACUUCUGUGAAGAAACACCGGUGGAGUUUCAGCUCGUCGGUUCAAUUCUUGAUGUUGGAUUCUCGUCUGGCUGCUGAUUCUUGAUUCUUGUGGAAUUAGAUGGCAAGUAUGAAGGGUAAUUUGUGUAUGAUACUUUUGCAUGGUAUAGGCAAAGGCGUACAUGCAAAGUUUUGACUUUCUAUAUAGCUAGGUGAUUAUAGGACAAUUGCACAUCCUUAAAAGUAAUUUUGUGGAGGUGUUUUUCGGUUUGUGGGAUGCAACGCUUUGGCGUAGGGAUUCUCUUAAACAGUCGAGUUAUUUACUUGCUGCAAUAACACGAUUUAAUUUUCCAUAUUUCACUUUCA